GCACCGAUGUACAACAAAAAAGAUAUGGACAGUCAACGGUAACAAAGCUGCAGACCCAGUGAUGAUGGUAACAGCUGAUAAAAUACGAACUGACAACUUAAAUGUUGGAAAAGAUCUACAUCUAGAGGAGUUUUCUGAUGUGCGAACGCUGAAAGUUUCAGAGUUCCACCACGAGGAACUUGAAUGCGAACAGGGUAACAGAAACUUUAUUGAGGUUUUAAUUAGAAAAACACCUGGAAAAAUUGAAUCUAACAAUAGAGGUGUAAAUACUGAUUUCAAUUGUGACACAAAAAAUACACGUGAAGAUGUACAGCUAUCUGAAGGAGAAUACAAAAUAAUGAACAGAGUUUGGAUCCAGUGGAUGAAGUUCGUUCAGCAAAAAAAAAAUUAUUCCAAUCAAACUCUAGAAAAUGAGACACACCUUGAUUACGCAGAGCAAGGCACUAACAUGACUACUUCUAAAGAAGAAGGAGAACCUAGAAUUUCAUUACAUGAUUAUGAUGCAAGCUCAAUUUGUGAAAGUAGACAAAAAGUUGAGGCUUUAGAAGAUGAGAUGUGUGAUGAGGAUGAGGAGAACUGCGCGAAUGAAUAUUUUUUCAUGCUAUUUGAGCAAAAACGUGCUAAUUUUACUUUGCGCAGAUUUUUCAGAAAAUGGAAAAAUUGGACACUACAAAAACGCGAACUGGAACACCUGCAAGCUGAAAGGCAACAACGAGAGGAAAAAAUCAGGAAGUACAUAGAGCUGAUUGCAACGAAACAAAAAACAGUUAGCGAAGUGAAGUCCAAGCCUAGUCCUAGUUUGGAAAGCAGUUUUCUUACAGACAUGUCUGAUUUCUCAGACAGUGGUUCAAAAGUUUCAGCAUCCAGCAAAAGCACAAAUUAUGGAGAAAAAUACAAACACCGGUUCCAAGCGCAGAAAUCCAUCAUAGCAUCACAAAAGUCCAAAAUUGAAGACCAGAAUAAAAUUAUCGAGGAUCUAAAAUCCCUGCAACUGAGGCUAGAGGCUGAAAUGUCCCAGCGAGAAUCUAGUCAGAACCUUAAGGCCACUUUACAGAAUUUUGAUCCACGCCACAAAAGUAAAAGUGCAUUUGUACAAAGGGCAUUAAGUUCUGACAGUGGUUAUAGAAGCAUUGAUCACACAAGCGACAACAAUUCUGUAGAACAUGACAACUCGGAAGAACAUACAGAGAAAAAAUCUGUGGCUUCAGAAAUGGUGCGAAGAAUGGAGAAGCGAAAUGCUGAGCGGAAACUGAAAAUGCAGGCAGCACAGGAGCGUAGGAGGCAACUAGAGGAGGAAAAGUUACGCAAGGCGAUUGAAGAGGAGGAGAUGAAACAGAGGCGAGAAAUAGAGGCAAAACAAAAGAAAAUUGAAGAAAUAAGAGAAAAACAGCGGCUCGAAAGGGAGAGGGCAGAGGAGCAAAUCAGAGAGCGGGAGAUCUUCCACCAGAACUGUCAGAUUGCGGAGGAGUCCAAUAGGAGGAGACUUUUGACCAAGGGUCUCCGCAAACUCCACUACAAUGUGCUCACCAUAAAACGAGAUUCAUUCAUUGCUGAUGAUAGCUACAAAAUGAAAUUAAAGCAAAGAUGUUUCCGCACUUGGAGGCGCAAUGUUAAACAAACUGUUGCUAUGAAAAUUACUAAAGCAGAGCUGUUUUAUGAUCAAUGUUUAAAACGAAAAGCUUUUCAACAAAUUUUUGAGAUCUAUAAAGACUACAUUCAGAAGUCACAAGCAGCAGAUGAUAUGUAUGACAUGAAAGUUCAGAGUAAAUAUUUCAAACGAUGGUAUGACAUUUCAUGCCAGGCUUAUUUGAAGAUGCAAGAGAAGAUGAAAGUAGCAGCCAACUUCCACGACAGGCGUAUUGUGAGAAGCAACUUUAAUCAAUGGAAAAAGCUUCCGAAAAUUAUGUUUGAGGAGCGCGGUCGUGAGAAACGACUCCGAGCACUACGAGAGCGUGUCCAAGAGCUCAUUCCGGAUUAUUGUCCAGUGCCAUUUGAAAAUGAAGACUAAAGAGAAAUCAAAAAAGAACUAUUCUAUUUUUUU